CUUAUUUAAUGUGUCUUGGUUCCUAGUCGCCAGACUAGUGUCAUUGUUUUGUUGUUCUGUCGAUGUAGACGUAUUGUAGUGUUAUUUGUAUUUCUAAACUUAAAUCACGGAGCUGAUUUAAAAAAUGCAAGAUCAAGAAAAUGCUGUUUUCAAAGUGCCAAAAGUUAAAAAGCAACGAAUCAGUCUUUACUGCAAAGAAACCUUAGCUGACUUGGACGAAAUAUGGAACUGUCCUAAGGGAGACUGUAAGCAGUUAAAUAAAGAAUCAGUAAAUAAGCACCUAUGGCAAAGUGAUGCUAAGAAUGAUAAUAACCAAGCUGUUGAUUCUAGUGAUGACGAUGAGGAAGAAGAUUGGUUUAAUCCACCUGAAGAAAAUUACACAACAGCACUUUUAAGCAGGUUUAACAUGUAUGAAUCAUGCCCCAGCUUAACACAGCAAGGUUCAUUUGCUGAAGCUAAUGGAUGUAGAAUAUCACCCCACACUGUGCCGCAAAUAUCUGCACAGUUUAUUACUGACAAGUUAAACAGCAACAAAGUUCAGGAUCAGAACGUGACAGAAAUUUUAUCUCCAAAGAGUCCAGAUAUACUAAUAGUAAGAGAUGAAAGUAUGGCAAAUGCUGAUUCAGAUUCAUCAGAUGACGCUGACUGGCUUUCUCUGACACCACCAAUGCCAAGAAGUCCAAGUGACCACACUGUUCCAGAUCUUGGCAAUAUUGAAAGCAAUAUCAUUUCUCAUGAUCAGUGGUCUCCUGUGUCUCACCCACAAAGAGUGCUAAAUGAAAGAAUAGGCCAACCAAUGCUAGUACCAACCCUUGAGUUAUAUUCUUCUCUUGACCAUGUUGUUCCCAAUUUUUACUAUUGAUUCUAAAAAUAAUUUCCUGAUACAGUAAGAAAAGUGUUGUAUUUCUUUGGAUGAGGAUCAUGUUCAUUAAAAAAAAAGUCUAAAAUCGAAAGCAAAUUACACAAACAUUUACCUAUUAUUUGAUAAAUCAGUCUUUAAAAAAAAUUUAUUGGAAAUUGUUUUAUCUUCUAAAGCUGUACGUUCAUUGUGCUUUAUAUCAUUAGUGCUUUUUUAUAGUAUAGUGUAUGAUAAAAUUUUAAUACGGGCGAAUUAAUUUUAUCUCUAUCCGCACAAAAUUUGUUUAAAUUUCAUAUAAUUUGGUUUGUUAAUAAUUUUAACCGUUUCUGUAAGAUAACUUAUAUUUAUAGUUUAUAUUAUUAUUGUAAUAUUUAUUGUACUUUAUAAAAUUAAAUUUAGUUAUUUAAUUGUAAAUACUGUUUAUUGUCACUUUCAACCAAAUGGUUAUUUUGACCCAGAUUAUUGUAAUUUAUUUCAAGCUGGUGUUUUUUUGUGGGUUUUAUUUAUUUAUUUUUUUAGAUGUUACUACAUAUUUUUCAUGGUGAUUUUAAAAUGGUUGAAAAAGUCACACUUUUUAAAAUGCAUCUAAUUUUUAUCUGAAAAAGAAAUGUACUUUUUUUUGCUAAAUUGAUUGUUGGUUUUUUAAGUGUAUUUUUAUAGUGCAACUAUAUGUAUUUUUUCUAUGCUAAUUACUCAGUUGAAUAAGUUGGUUUUUAAUUAGUUUCUCUUUCAUAUUUUUUUUUGUUAGUAUGGUCAAAUUUUUACAAGAUUGUUGCUGUUCACACAUGUUGAAAUUUUUGUUGUUAUACAGUUGUUACUGCUCAGUUGAUUUUAUGUUGUUUGUUUUAACCAUACCAGUUAUAACUUCCAUCCAUUAUAAGUUUCUUGAUAAAUUCUCAUGGAUGCAUAGUGUAGCCUUGCAUGUAAGUCUGGUGGUGUGCUUCUAUAAUAUCUUGGCUGUUGCUUAACCACAAGAAUAAGCUAAUUCUGGAUUUAAAAUUUAACUGAAGAGUUGUUAUUUUGAAGUUUGCUGGAUCCAAAUAUUAAGUUCUAAUAUAUUUUACAUUUAGAUUUCCAAGAAAUUGUGUACACAUCUAUACUUUGUCAAAUUCAAACAAAAAAUGGUAAUGCUUCUCAAUUUUUGUUUAAUGAAUACAAAAAAGAAAUACUUGUUAGUUUAUUUUGAUUACUCUUGUUUCUUGUUGCAUCUUCUUUUGUUUUCCCUGAUGGGCAUUAUUUAUCAUUUAUACCUCUGUUAAUUUUAGUUAUGUUAGCAAUUGUAAAUAAUGUUUUCUCUGUGACUUUUUAGCAGAAAAAACUAACAUUUACCUACCAGUUUAGUAUUAAUUUCA